CUAGCUCCCAGUUCUCUCUCUCUCUCUCUCGUUGUUUCCAUCGCUUACUGCCUCUCUCUCAUGGCUUCAAUCUCAGGCCUUUGUUCACCUUCUUCAACAAUCAAACAUGAAAAAUUCACCCCAAAAACUUCAUCAGCAUCAGCUUCAGCUCAUUCACAGCUAUGGAUUAGCAAAGACUCAAUCACAUUACCUAACAAAUCGAAGCUCUUCGACCGAUGUUGCAAUCGGAGUUCAACGCUUAUAGCUCAAUCAGUCGCUCGUGACAUAGCAGCGAGUCUGACUUCGACAAGCAACGAUGCUUUACACAAGUCAAAGAAGGAAGGGCUAGAAAAAGAUCCACAAGCUCUAUGGAAAAGAUACGUCGAUUGGUUGUACCAGCACAAAGAAUUAGGGCUCUUUUUGGAUGUGAGUCGGGUUGGGUUCACGGACGAGUUCGUGGAGGAAAUGGAGCCCAAGUUUCAGAAAGCGUUUAGGGAUAUGGUGGAGCUCGAGAAGGGGGCGAUUGCGAAUCCCGAUGAGGGACGAAUGGUGGGCCAUUAUUGGCUGAGAAAUCCGAAACUCGCUCCGAAUUCGUUUUUGAGGUUGCAAAUUGAGAAUACUCUUGAAGCCGUGUGCAAGUUCGCAGACGACGUCGUCAGCGGUAAGAUUAAGCCUCCAUCUUCUCCGGAGGGUCGCUUUACACAAGUACUUUCUGUUGGGAUUGGUGGUUCUGCUCUUGGACCACAGUUCGUUGCAGAGGCAUUGGCUCCUGAUAAUCCUCCUCUCAAGAUAAGGUUCAUUGACAAUACGGAUCCAGCUGGCAUUGAUCACCAAAUUGCACAGCUUGGCCCUGAGCUGGCUUCUACUCUUGUAAUAGUGAUUUCAAAGAGUGGAGGUACUCCUGAAACCAGAAAUGGUUUAUUGGAAGUACAAAAGGCUUUUCGGGAAGCUGGCCUGGAGUUCGCGAAACAGCUUGGCCCUGAGCUGGCUUCUACUCUUGUAAUAGUGAUUUCAAAGAGUGGAGGUACUCCUGAAACCAGAAAUGGUUUAUUGGAAGUACAAAAGGCUUUUCGGGAAGCUGGCCUGGAGUUCGCGAAACAGGGUGUGGCCAUUACACAAGAGAAUUCGCUACUAGAUAACACUGCAAGAAUUGAGGGUUGGGUAGCUAGAUUUCCCAUGUUUGACUGGGGAAUUGACAUUAGAGAAAUGCUUGCUGGUGCUUCAUUGAUGGAUGAAGAAAAUAGGACCACUGUGCUCAAGAAAAACCCUUCAGCAUUGCUUGCUUUAUGCUGGUAUUGGGCUUCUGAUGGAAUAGGAUCCAAGGAUAUGGUUAUCCUUCCUUACAAGGAUAGCCUUUUGUUAUUUAGUAGGUAUUUGCAGCAGCUGGUCAUGGAAUCACUUGGGAAGGAGUUUGACCUGGAUGGUAAUCGGGUGAAUCAAGGACUAACUGUCUAUGGAAAUAAAGGAAGCACAGAUCAGCAUGCCUACAUUCAGCAACUGCGGGAGGGUGUGCACAACUUCUUUGUGACAUUCAUUGCAGUACUACGUGAUAGACCCCCUGGUCAUGAUUGGGAGCUUGAACCAGGGGUCACUUGUGGUGACUACCUGUUUGGAAUGCUACAGGGAACAAGGUCUGCUCUGUAUGCCAAUAACCGGGAGUCCAUUACAGUCACUGUGCAAGAAGUGACACCUAAAUUGGUGGGGGCUCUAAUAGCACUUUAUGAGCGAGCAGUUGGCAUUUACGCCGCACUGAUCAACAUCAAUGCUUACCACCAACCAGGUGUGGAAGCUGGCAAAAAAGCAGCAGGAGAAGUUUUAGCUCUUCAGAAACGCGUUCUUGCAGUACUCAAUGAGGCUAGCUGCAAAGAGCCUGUUGAACCAUUAACACUUGAAGAAGUAGCUGAGCGUUGCCAUACUCCUGAGGAUAUUGAAAUGAUUUACAAGAUUGUUGCUCACAUGGCUGCCAAUGACAGAGUGAUCAUCGCUGAGGGAAAUUGUGGUUCACCGCGAAGCAUUAAAGUUUUCCUUGGGGAGUGUAAUAUUGAUGAAUUGUAAGCAUAAGUUGCACACACAAUAAUCAUCCAUCGGCUUUAUGAGUCAAUAAGUUCACACAAAAACGAUCCUGUCAACUGGUUUUGACAUCAAAUUAUGUUCUGCAUGUUGAUAAGUGAGAACCAAGGAUACUUCAUUAUAUUAUGAGGAUAUUUUUUGGAGUCAUCCAUGAACACGUAUUUGCCUUCUGAUCU